GUCAAAAAAGAUGAUUUUAAGCAGAGCCUAGCUCAAGCUACUAUACAGAUAGAAUCUUCACUAGACCAUAAGUGCAAAGCAAACAAAAUAGAUGAUGAAUAUGGUGCUUGGUCAUAUUUUAUGGUUAUUGAAAGAGGCGCAGAAGCCGGUGAAAGCUUUGAAAGAAACGAGGGAAAUAAAAAGG